AGAUGGUGUGUAAAUUCAGUGUUAAUCGAAAUAGGAAAACAAUAAAUACCUACCUAUGUAAUGAACAGUGUCUGUGUUAAUUAUUAGUCAUUACAAGUACCUACUUACCUAAUAUGAACGGAUCUGUGUGAGGAGUGUUCGGUUCGAGCGUUUGAUUUAUCUACCAACGGCCACGGGUGUGUUUGUUAUGGAGCAAAAUGAAAGACGUUCUCAAUCUGUUGGCAGAUGACAGGAUCAUUUUGUAUGGUGUAACAGCCCUCAUAUGUGUUCUGCUGUUUAAUUUGUUCGUGUGGGGAUAUUUGAGUUUCAUCAUUGUCAUUAUUUCAUUAUGUGGCGGUAAUUUCAUGUUCAAUUAUGUAUACAGAAAACAUGUUCCAGAUGACUAUUUUCAAUCUAAUAGUCAAACACACUCCAUAUACAAUAAUAAAUGUGUGAAAUGUAAUAUUAGUUCUUGUACUGUACAUUUAAAAAAUUUACAUUCACCAUGGAAUGGAUUAAUGAUAUCGGAACAAAUUGAUAUAGCAUUGGAUAGAUUGUUCUCAAAAAUAAUUAAAGCGUACGUGACCACUUGGUAUGCUAACAUUUCUGAAGAUCCAAACUUUGUUAAAGAAAUCAAACAAAUUAUUAAAUUUGCAACAAGUACCAUAUUAAGAAGAUUUUUACAGGCAGAUUGUGAAAACGUUGUGCUGUAUAAACUCUUACCAGUAGUUUUAUCACACAUAGAACACUGUAAGCAGUUGGAUAGCGGUAAAAAAAUUGUUCGACAUUAUGCUGUUCUUAAUCGCAAUGCUGAAAUUAAAUAUUUAAGAAAAUUAUCAUCUAGUGUAAUACCAUAUAUUACACAACAAAAUGAUCUUCAGUGCAGGAUAUUUUCUAUUAUAUCGAGAGAACUUCUUUCACUGUGGGUCCUACUACCCUUAUCUGACGUUGUUUGCAAUCCAAACAACCUAAUAUUUACAUGGUCAAAACUGUCUAAAAUGUCUACAACUUGUCACAAUACAACAUUCACUGACGAACGAGUAGAAUAUUUAUCAAACUUUACUUCCAAAGAACCACGUGAUUCAGUUUAUCUUGAAAUGCGUAGCAUAUAUAAAGAUUCUACAAUUUUGACCGCAUUCAUGAAGUUUUUAAAAAAUAAAAAAGCAGCGCAUUUAUUACAGUUUUGUGUUGAUGUUGAUAGUUUUAAUAAGCGAAUGUUAAAACCUGAAAUAUCGUCGGACGAACUUGAUGUUUUGUAUCGCGAUGCGUGGGAUAUUUUUUCUGUGUAUUUUAGUACACAUUCACCAGAUUGCAUAUGUUUUGACGCAGAACUUGUAAGUCAGCUACGAAAAGUGUUAUCUAAAGAUGUUAUUAAACUUCAAAAUUCCAAACCACUCUCCCAGGCAUAUGAACAAACGUAUUCAAUUUUAGAAAAUAACUACUGGGCCGAGUUUCACAACUCGGAUGAGUAUUUUUCAUGGACAUGUGGAUCCCGUAACAUAUUAGACUCAAAUUCACCUCAAGAACAGUCAUUAUCUAAUGAUAAUAAAAAUACCUCUUCCAAAAUGAGUCGAAAGUUAAACAGAAUUAAAGGUGCUCUCAAGUCAAGUACUAUUUAUGAUGGUCAAUUGGAUUCUUUAUCUUCUGAAGGUGAUCCAGAGUAUGGUGAAGAUCUCGCCGUUGAUAACUCAAUCAUUAACAAUAGUGAACGUGAUUUGAGCUCUUGGAUUGUAACAGAUGUGACGUCGACUCUUAAAUUAGAAUCUGGAUCUAAUGGUGGUCAAUCAGUGGUGUUUAUCAUAUCAUUAGAGACAACUGAAAACAAUGAUGUCAAACAAUGGUGUGUGGAAAGAAGACUUGCUGACUUUUACACAUUGAAAACUAAACUUACAGAGUUUCAUGGAGUAUUUCUAGAUGCUCAAUUACCUUCGAGGCGUAUUAUAUUGCAACGAGCUGAAAGUGAUGAUACGUAUAAACAGUUUCUCAAUCAACUUCUACAAAAACCAGAGCUCAAGGGUUCGGAUUUAUUGCACAUGUUUUUAACAUCAGAAGAAAAUUUUGAAGAUUCAGAAUCUGCCAUCGGGCGUUUAUUAAGAAAAUCUAUGCCAAUUAAUUUACGAAAAGAACGGGGACAAAAUUUAGAAUCAUUUAUUUCCAUUUUCAUGGCAUCAAUAGAAACCAAGUUAAAGCAAAAGUAUGAAUGGAAAGACUUCAGUGAAGAAAUUCCACCAAGGAAAGUAGUAACGGCUGAAAAUGCAGUGUUUGGAAAUAACUUUAAUGUCCCUAUAGAAAGUAACGACUUAAUUGAAUCCGAAAAUGUAUCUAAUCAAAUUCCCCAUAUAUGCGGCCCAAUUAGCUGUAUAAUGUUUUUGGGAAUUCACGUGUACAACAUAUCUAAUACUGUUGUGCAAUUGAUAUUGGCUAUAAAAACAAUAUGUGGAAGUCUUAUAGACUCUAUUAUACAGCGACAUGUAACUAUUUAUUUGGUUGGUUCCAUUACGCCGUCGAAAAUAUCCAACUUGAUUGAAAUAUUAGAAAAUUCAUUAUUCCCCGCGGACGAAGCGUUACAAAAUAAUGAAUGUCAUACUAUAACCAUUGACCAUAUAUUGAAGUCCAAGAGCAAUUCUUUUUUGCUACCAUUGUACACAUGCAUACACAAAUGCAUUCAAAGUAGCGUCAUGAAUAAGCAGUUAUUCUACAGACUUCUAGAUGUCAUUGCCGUAGAAUUGUUUCCGGAGCUCCAAACAAAACUAAAUGAUCAAUUAUCUUGAUGCGACUUCAUUGCUGUGAUACUUUUGAGUGAUACUUUUAAAUUCCUUGAUGCCAAAAAAAAAAAGGUAGAUAUUAUCAUGUAUGUAUCAUUUUUCCAAAAUCAUUUGUAGAAAUAAUUGUAAAUUUUAAAAUGUGUUUCGUUAAAACAAAAUGUUUGAUAUUGUUUACAAUUUAUCCGUAAAUAAUUAAAUUUAAUGUUAUCUUCGAAAAAUAAUA